AUGAAAUUGAAUUAUUUUAUGUUAGUGAUCAUAAUAUCUUUAAUUGAAUCAUCAAUAAUUUCAAGUAUUUAUAUACAUUUAUGUUAGAGAUCUGAGCAAUCAUAAUAAGAAAAUCUAAUUAUAAGUGAAAAACGAUUAAUAUCAAAUUAAGAAAAUUAUAGAUAAUCAAGAGCAUUGGUUUGAAGGUAACUCUAUUAAAAAUUGAUAGAAAUAUUGGAAUAUUAUGAAGAAAUAGUGUAUGAAUAUAAUGAAAAUGAUCUUAAUGAACUUAAUCUAUAAUCAUAAAUGGAUUUAUAUUAUUUAAUUUAAGACAACGACAUACCUGAAGAUUGUUAAGAAGAAAUAAUAAGUCUAUAUGAAUAUUAUGAUACAAAUGACCAAACUUUUAAUGAUUUAUUAGAUAAUUAGUAAACUGAGAAUAAAGUUAAUUUUGAUGUCUAAAAUUUUGAAGAAGAGGAAUCUUAAUUAUAUGAUCAUGAAGAAAGUUUAGAGAAUGACAAUUUAAUUAAAGAAAAAACUAUUAAUGCAGAUAAUAAGUAAUGUUCUUAAGGAUAUAAUAAAUAAAUGAAAAUAAAAUACAUUAAUAGAACUAAAAUUCAAAAGAACAAUGUUAAAUAAUAAAAAAAGUUGAAGUAGAAGUGA